UCGAACCGCUCAUCCUACAACUGGGUCCCCUUCACACCGACCCGCUUUAGCUUUCCUCGCGAAGACACUAACCAGCAACAACGUCGCCCACUGUUUGUCGCCCAUUUACCCUUUUCGGCACUCGUGCCACUGCUGAAAGAACACCAACUCGUGAGCGGCAUCCUGCGUGUCAACAAACGCAACCGAUCCGACGCUUAUGUGUUCUGCGAAGAGUUCAACGCCGACAUUUACAUUUGCGGCUCCCGAGACCGCAACAGGGCCCUGGAGGGCGACGUCGUGGCGGUGAAGCUCGUGGAUGUGGACAAGGUCAUCCGCGAGAAGCAGGAGAAAGAGCAAGCCAAGGUCAUCCGCAACAACGGCCAACCCAUCGUUCGCAAGCCGGACGAGGAAGACGAAAAGGAGAUCAUGUUUGGUGGCGAAGAGGAUGUUGACAAGGUCAAGCCAAAGUAUUGUGGCGUCGUGGUGGCCAUCCUGGAGCGUGCACAGAACCAAGCGUUUUCUGGUACGCUGGGCUUGACCCGUCCAAGCAAUCGUCGUGCAAGCACAAUCAUCACAAUGAGAAAGGACGGCACGCCCAUCACUUGUUCCGGUACGCCCAGAAUCGUGUGGUUCAAGCCGACCGACAAACGCGUUCCGUUGAUUGCAAUCCCUGUGGAGCAAGCGCCUCCAGGCUUCAUUGAGUCCAGUCAGCAGUUUGAAAAUAGGCUAUUUUUGGGAUCAAUCAAACGCUGGCCCAUCACGUCGCUGCAUCCAUUCGGUGUCUUGGAAAAUGAGCUCGGCCAUGUGGAUGAUUUGUCCAUCCAGUUCCGUGCCAUCUUGGCCGACAACAAUUUUGCCAUUGAUCCGUUCUCCGACACUAUCAUGCGCACCUUGCCACCUAUCCCAUGGAUGGUUCCUGAAGAAGCACGCAGCUCGCGCUUGGACUGGAGCACCAUCCGAAGCUUUACCAUCGACACAUCGGGCGAUGGCGUUCUAGACAGUGCGCUCUCGAUCCAGCGCAAAUCCGACGGCGUGUUUGAGGUUGGGUUUCAUGUUGCUGACGUGUCAGCCUUUGUCAAGCCACAUUCGCCGUUGGACAAGGAGGCCAAAGCGCGUGCCACAAGCGUCUAUUUGUACGAGUCGGCUCCACUAUGGCCUGAGCAACUGUUGCAAGAGUGCACCAACUUGGUGCCCGGCCAAGACCGUUUGGCUUUCUCGGUCGUGGGCAAGGUAGAUCAGACUGGCAAAGUUCACGACAUUUGGUAUGGCAGGACUAUCAUCAGAUCUCACGGCACCUUGACAGUCAAUCAGCUGCAAGAUAUUCUGGACGGUGUCGGCGUUCCUGAACAUAUCACAAUCGAGGACCAUGAAAAGCCCGAAUGGGAAGACGACGUCAACAACCUCUACUCGCUGGCACAAAACAUGAAGCAGGCCCGCCGUCGCAGCGGCGCAUUGUUCUUGAGCGAGUCUGCACUCGAUGUCAGCAUUGACGGGCAAGGCAAUCCUACGGGAAUCUCACUCAAGCAGCGCCUGCCAGCGGAUGACAUUAUGGAUGAGCUCAAGAUCCUCGUCAACACCAGCGUCGCACAAAAGAUAUCGAGCCACUUUCCCGACCACGCUCUGCUGCAGUGUCAGUCGAUGCCCAAUGACCGCAAGCUGCGUGAACUGGCUGGCUAUCUGCGCGGUCUAGGCUAUUCGAUCGAUCCAUCUACGGCCAGCUCCUUGCAGCAGACAGUGGAUGCCAUUGAAAACGAAGCGGCCAAGACCGUCAUCACGACACUGGCGCUCAAGACCAUGCAUUCAUCCAAGUUCUUCUGUACCGGCAAAUUCGAUAUCAAUCGGUACCAUCACUAUGCCUUGAACACGCCCUUGUACACCCAAUUCACAUCGCCGUCGCGCCGCUAUGCCGACUUGAUUGUCCAUCGUCAACUCGACGCUGCACUUGCAGGAGAAAAACGAUUCUACUUGGAAUGUGAGGUGAUCCAGAAGAUUGCUCGUCACUGCAAUGUCAAGGGCCAAGCGGGUGAGUACGCAUGCGAACAAUCGCAACACUUGUUCAUGUCGCGCUACCUGUCCAUGUCGCGCCAAACUGCCACAACCCAUGAAGCGAUCGUUGUCGGUGUGCAAGAACAAGCGUUCGAUGUGAUCGUGCCGGGCUUGAUCCUGGAACGUCGUAUCCAUGUCAUCAACUUGCCUUUGGAAACGUUUCAAUACAGCCCUGCGGAUGGUGUGUUGCAUCUGUUCUGGCGUCGCGGCGUGCCCACAGCUGAUGCUAUUGUUGAGCAUGCGGAUGCUGAAGAGGAUGACGAUGAUAUUACCACGACCAGUCACGGAGAUGGUGGUAGUGGCAGUCAACAACAACAACAACAACAGCAGCAGCAGCAGCAGCAGGAGGAGAAGGAGAAGGAGCAUGAUAGUAACCCCAGCAGCAACAACAGCACCAAGAAACGACCCCGGUCAAUGUCGCUGCGUGUCGUCCAAGGCGAAAACCCAUGGACAAGUCAGCAGGAAUGCACCAUUCCUAAUGAGUCACGGCAGGUUAUCCGGCCCUUCGACUACAUCCGCGUCGUUAUCACCAGCGACCCUGACAGAAGUCCGCCGUUGAUACGCGUCUUGGCCGCGAAUCCUUUUGUAUAA